GUACUGAAGCCUUACAAAUGCGGAGAGUGCAGGGAGCGUUUUGCUAAAGGCUCGGACCUUGGAGCCCAUCAGCGAAUCCACCAGGGAAAGAGACCUCAGGAGUCCUGGAAGCGCUGGGGAAGAUUUCCUGAGAGACGGCAUUUCUCUAGGCCUCAGAACAGCCCAACUGAAGAGAAGCCCUGCAAAUGUGUGCAAUGUGGGCUGUGCUUUUCCCAAACCUCGCAGCUGCUUAAACAUCAGCAAAUCCACACCGGAGGGAAACCUUAUCAAUGUCUGGAGUGUGGGAAAUCUUUCCGUUAUAAACAAUUGUUUAGAAGACAUGAGAAAAUUCACACAGCGCAGAGUCCUUAUAAAUGCCUAGAAUGUGGGAAGUGUUUCACUCGGAGCUCAUCUCUUUACCAACAUAAUAAAACACACACAAAGGACGAAAACAAAACAUGCAUAGAAUGUGGGAAAUCUUUUUCCAGCAAAUCAUCCCGGCUGAAACAUCAGAGAAUUCACACUGGGGAAAAACCCCACAAAUGCCAAGAAUGUGGGAGAUGUUUUGGUGAAAAGUCAACUCUAAUUCAACAUCAGAGAAUUCACACUGGGGAAAGACCCCAUCAAUGCCCUGAAUGUGGGAGAUGUUUUGGCUAUAAAUCACGUCUAAUCACACAUCAGAGAGUUCACACCGGAGAAAGACCCCAUCAAUGCCCAGACUGUGGGAGAUGUUUUGGCAGAAAGUCUCACCUAAUUCGACAUCAGAAACUUCACACUGGGGAUAGACCCUAUAAAUGCCCAGAAUGUGAGAAAAGAUUUGUGGGUUCUUCUGAACUUAGAAGACACCAAAGAAUGCACUGUGGAGAAAAACUAUAUAAAUGUAAUGAUUGUGAUAAAUGUUUUUCUCUUAAAGAAACUCUUUUUCAACAUCAGAGUAUCCAUACAGGCGUGAAGCCCUAUAUGUGCAUCGAGUGUGGAACAUUUUUCCGUACAAUACAAUGCCUCAGAAUGCAUGAGAACGUUCACAGAGGGGAAAAAAAGUUCAAAUGUUUAGAAUGUGGGAAAGCAUUUGGUCGUUCAUCAUAUCUUAGAAUUCACUGGCAAACCCACACGGGUGCGAAAUGCCACAAGUGCUCAGUGUGUGGAAAAUCUUUUGGUCGCAAAUAUACUCUUAGAAAACAUGAGAGGAUUCACAAAGGAGAGGAGCCUUCCAAACCCCACAAAUGCCCAGAAUGUGGGCGGUGUUUUCGCUACAAGUCAGACCUAAUUCCACAUCAGAGACGUCACACUAAAGACAGACCCUAUCAAUGCUCAGAAUGUGAGAAAACAUUUGUGGAGGCUGCUGAACUUCGAAGACAUCAGAAGGGGCACACAGGAGAGAGCCCCUAUAAAUGUGGGGAGUGUGGGAAAAGUUUUCUCACAGCAACACUGCUUCGGGUCCAUCUGAGAAUCCACACGGGGGAGAAGCCAUACCUAUGUGUGGAGUGUGGGAAAGGUUUUUCCCAAAAACAACACCUUGGGAGGCAUCAAAAGAUCCAUUCACGAAUGAAGCCAUAG